GAGUAAGAGAUGAAAUUGUGAAAUAUUAUUAUUGUUUUUGGCUCAGUCCCUCAUGAUUGUAACUAAAUGUAUGGCCCUUUUUAUUGAGCACAGAACACACAGCAAUACAGAAAACAGAAGAAUAAUGCAUACGAUGAGUGAUGAAAAAAAUUGUGUUGCAUCACACGUCUGUGCCAUAAAUUGCAAAAAAUAAAAUAAAACACCAAUUUAAAACAUAAGAAAUGAAUGGAUAAAUAACAAGAAAUAUUUUGUGCAGGGUUUACUAAAUACAGGGUUUAUAUACUAAAGUAAUCAUGAUAUUUAAAAAUUAUGUUCUUUUUGUGUUUAAUAAAAAACAAAACAAAAAAUCAAUAUGAUCAAAGAUGAAGUGGUUUCAAUAAUUCUAAAAUAUUUUACAGUUAUUCUUUAAAAAGAUUAGUCUAUCUUUCGCUUGAGCAAAGUUCAUAAAUAUCAGACGAGUCAGGAAAUUUCGCUGUUGCAGUUUUAGAAGAAUCUCAUGGUGAACUUCUUUAACUUUCAUGAGAAUUAAGUAUUUGUAGGUAAUCAGUCAAACAUUCUUUCAACCAAUGCAGAAAAGACCUUAAAGAGAGUUUUCCUGAAAGGCUGAGUUUAUUUUGAGAAUGAAUGACCCAUUUUAUUAGAAUCAGGUUUAUUAUAUAAGAGGGUUUUCACAUACAAGGAAUUUGCCUUAAUAUCUGUGUACUAAACAUGGGCUUGCAGGAAAUAAAAAAAAAUAAAAAGUCUAAAAAAAAGUAAUGAAACAUAAAAAGGAAAAUAAAAAAGCAAUAAAAUCUUUAAAAAAAAUACAUCGAAUGAAUGAAAAUGAAAAGUGCCACACAGUGAUUGAAACGAAGAGGAUGUAUAUGUGUUUGCAAAACACUGACUAAUUAAUGUGCAAAUAUUCACAUUUUAUGACAUAUAGAAUAUGUGCAAUGUGAAGGGAUAGUAAUCAACUGCUCAGUAACUUUUUUCACUGUGGUAAACCUGAGUAAAAUCAUAUCAUAUCAUCAUCAUCAUCAUAUCAUAAAUCGAUAAAAUACUCCUGUAUUUGGGUCAGUCAAUCGUGAUUAACGCUGCAUUUGUGUCUGUCAAUCAGUCACGGGUGUGUUUCUGCGUCAUCGCUUUCCAGCCAAUCGCGUGGCGACGUCCAGAAACGGGGCACCAAGGCAUAAACCUUUCAAACAUGGCGACGCUCCGAAGAGAGUACGGAGAUUGGAAAUACGACCGUUUUUAACCGAGAAAAUAACCUCCUCCUCGCAUGUUACAAUGUGUUGGGGUUAGCCAGAGCCACCGCACGCACAGCCUUUUGGACGAUGUUUGCAGAGGCCAGUCUGUCCAUCUGGGGAUGGGGGGGUCUUGGAGUCGUGCUGUUCCUCGUCACCUUUGGACCCUUUGCCAUAUUCUACCUGGCUUUUUAUAUCUUCUGCUUCAUUGGAGGGGGCUUUGCGGUAACUCUGCUCUAUGGGAAAAUCAACUCAGAGAAACACCUGGAAAAGUGCGAGCACUCUUACUUGCCACCCACACAAAUUGGUAUACUGAAGACAUUGGAUGAGAUGAGGCUGGAGAUGAAGCCUAUAAAGAUUGACAGGAGACUGACUGGCUCCAGUUUCAUAGAUGAACCACUACAACAGGUGAUCCAGUUUGCUCUGAGAGACUACAUCCAGUACUGGUACUACACUCUGAGCGAGGAUGAGUCCUUCUUACUGGAGAUCAGACAGACGCUGCAGAAUGCCCUCGUCCAGUUCUCUACAAGGUCCAAAGAGGUGGACUGGCAGCCUUACUUCACCACUCGCCUGGUGGACGACUUUGCCACCCAUUUACGUGUCUUUAGAAAAGCCCAGGAUCGCCUCGCCGACAGAGAGGACAAGCAACGGGACAUAACAGAGGAGCUGCUGGACUCCUUCUUUGAGGCUGAGGUGGAGAUGGAGAGGAAGAUUUGUCGAGACGUUGUGUGCACUUCACACAAGGAUGAAGAAGGUUUUCUUCGGGACUUGUGUGAGCUGCUUCUGUAUCUGUUACUACCUCCUGGAGAUUUCCACAACAAGAACAUGAGAUACUUCCUAAGGGAGGUGCUGGCACGUGGUGUGCUGCUUCCUCUGAUCAACCAGCUGAGCGACCCAGACUACAUCAACCAGUUUGUCAUCUGGAUGAUCCGGGACUCCAGCUGCAACUAUGAAGCCUUCAUGAACAUCCUGAAGCUGACAGACAAGCCUGCUGAGCUGGAGGCUGUUAAGGACAAGGUGCUGGAGGAGCUGCAGUACCUGCGCUCCCUGGACACGGCUGGAGAUGACAUCAAUGUGAUCAAGAACCAGAUUAACAGUCUUCUGUUUGUGAAGAAGGUGUGUGAGACCAGGAUCCAGAGACUACAGUCUGGCAAGGAGGUGGAUGCCUUGAAGCUGGCAGCCAACUUUGGCAAGCUGUGCGUUAUCCCACUGGAUCACAUCCUCAUCCACAACAUAGCCCUGCAGUUCUUCAUGGACUUUAUGCAGGCAGCGGGGGCCCAGGCAGAGCUGUUCUUCUGGCUCACGGUGGAGGGCUACAGGGUGACCGCACAGCAGCAGCUGGAGGCCAUGCAGGGCUGGCAGAAAGAUGGCAAGAAACAGCCCAGCGCCACCAAGGGGCUGCUGAAGGCCGCUGCGCUGGGCGUCUAUGAACAAUACCUCUCUGACAAGGCGUCCCCCAGGGUGCAGGUGGACGAGGCGUCCGUAACAAAACUAGGGGAGAAGCUACAGAAAGACGACCCCACGCCAGAAAUAUUUGAUGAAAUCCAGAGAAAGGUUUAUGACAUGAUGCUACGUGAUGAGCGCUUCUACCCCUCCUUCAAGCAGAGUCCUCUCUACGUGCGCAUGCUGGCCGAGCUGGACAUGUUGAAAGAGCCGAGCUACCGGGGAUCUGAUGACGGCGACGGAGAAUCCUUCAACGGCUCCCCCACAGGAAGCAUUAACCUAUCUUUGGACGACUUGUCCAACUCCUGCCAUGAUGAAUCUAUGCACCUACAUGCCUUCAUCUCAGACACAGCUGACGCUUGUCUCCCCGGCUUCUGGGGUGCUGCAGGGGUUUGCAAUGACCACGGUAAGACCUACGCGCUCUACGCCAUCACUGUGUUCAGACGCAACCAAGACGGCAGCGAGGACUGCUGGAAGACAUAUCGCCGCUACUCGGACUUCCACGACUUCCAUAUGAGGAUCACUGAACAGUUUGAGAACCUGGCGUCGAUCCUCAAGCUGCCAGGGAAGAAGACCUUCAACAACAUGGACAGAGACUUCUUGGAGAAGAGAAAAAAAGACCUCAAUGCUUAUCUACAGUUGCUGCUGAACCCAGAGAUGGUGAAGGCCUGUCCAACUCUGAUUCCUUAUGUCUAUGACUUCCUAGAGAACAAGGCCUACAGCAAGGGCAAAGGAGAGUUUGCACGCAAGAUAGACACAUUUGUAAAUCCUCUGAGGAGCUCCAUGAGAAACGUGUCCAACGCAGUGAAGGCCCUGCCAGACAGUCUGGCUGAGGGCAUGACCAAGGUGUCUGAUAACAUGGGCCGCAUGUCAGAAAGACUGGGCCAGGACAUUAAACAGUCCAUACUCAAGGUGCCUCCACUCCUCCCCAAGACCGACAUCGACCCUGAACACUGUCGAGUGUCUGCUCAGCUCGAUGACAACGUGGACGAUAACAUCCCGCUGAGGGUAAUGCUGCUGCUGAUGGACGAGGUGUUUGACCUUAAGGAGAAAAACCAGUGGCUGCGCAGGAACAUUAAGAACCUGCUGCAGCAGCUCAUCAGGGCCACAUAUGGAGACACCAUCAACAGGAAAAUUGUGGAUCACGUGGACUACUUGACCUCACCAGAGCAGGUUGCAGACUACGUCAAGAAGUUCAGGGAUUCCUAUUGGCCCAACGGUAUUCUGGCUGAGACGCCGCCCCGUCGAGACAAGAGCAUCCGCAUGAGAACACGUGUAGCCGCCAAGACCAGCCUGCUGGGCAUCAUGCCAGAUGAGCUGAAGCACAUCAUCGGAGCGGACACCACGAGAAAGGGCAUACUACGUGUUUUCGACAUGUUUCAGUACCAACCCAUGAACCGUCGGCUAGUCUACGUGUUCCUGGAGGGCUUCUUGGAGACCAUGUUCCCCCAGUACAAAUUCCCUGAGCUCUUUGUCAAGCUGCACUCCCGCUCGCCGCGCAUCCACAGAUACAACCAGAAACUCAAAUCCUCCUCGCUCAAGAGGUGACAGGAGAGGACAGACUGCAGCGGGACAUGGGCUGACUAGACACAGACUGUAGAGCUGAGAGUGAGAGUGGGGGGCUUGAAGUGAAUGCUGAGGUAUAUCUGUGUGUGUGUGUGUGUGUGUGUGUGUGUUAGAGAGAAAGAUUCCUGCCCUUCCACUCCCCUCACACUCUUUCCAGUGAAAACACUCCAAUUAUCCAGCCGAUCAUUUCUGUGGAGACAGAACUGAAGGAUGAACAACACACACUCUGCCCUCCUCUCACUCUGUGACACACACACACAUGCGCCAACACAAAUCCUGUCAUUUGCACCAAGAAUGAACAUGGUAGUCUUUCAGUUUUAAUAUUAUCCUCCUCCUUGUUGGACUUUUUACUUGUGUUUAGCUUUAUCCUGGGCCAGUCAAUGCUGCUUUCUCGUGGUCCAGAGAGCAGACCACAAAUACUGUAUUGUUUUUAAACUGCAGGAGUAGAUAGCAUAGACCCACACCUUGCCUUACCUUCCCGCUUCUGUCGUCUGGCUGGCACAGUGUACCAUCUCAGUGACCUGGCCCCUCAGCUGUAGUCAGACUUCACCCUCGUGCUGUAGACAUUUAAUCCUCAAAAGCUGCACACUUGCUAACAUGCGAACAAUAUUUUGUUUUCAUAGCAACCAAAUACGUCAAUAGCACUGGGUUCAAAAGGCGCUGUUUUUAAAUGUGACUGAACAAACAUGGGUCAAAAAGGAUUAUUUAGAUUUUUAUAGUUCACAUUUUUUCUAGGCUCAACGCUUUUUUCUCCAAAGUGUUACAUCAUCCAUACCACCCAUGGCCACAUCCCCUUUAAUGCUACUGUCAUGACCUGUGACGACCAAAGCUCAUGCUGUUCAGUACGUGUGUGUGCACCGGUUUGAUGUUGGGAUACUCUGAACAUUGCUGUGCUUCAUGUUGUCAGUCGUGUGAAGAAGGAGAUUGCGAAGCUGCGUGGACACACUGAAGCGUGUUACAGCUGUGGGAGGCUCAGCUCUGGUUGUCCAAGCGCGCCAUCAAAGAAUGUACUCUCUGGUCUAGUCUGUAUUUGGCUUGUGUAGAAUUUUGUGAGUGUGUAUGUGUGCGUGUGUGUGUUAGCACGAAGAUGCAACCCUCUCCAGUCAGAAACUGUGCCAGUGUGAGCUAGUGAACCAGCCUUAAAACUAUAUACAGUAUAUACUGACCAAGAGACGCACGCUAGAGGUAGCUCUCCUUCGCACGAUUGAACGUAACAAGGAAAUCAAGAUAGACAUAUGGAGAUAUAUCCCUAAUCACUUUUAUUCAGAGAAAAUGUCUUUAAUUUUGUGCAAUAUUUUUUUUCUUUUAAUGCAUGUGCAUUUUGAAUCAUUGUAUACUGAAAAAAAGUAAUUCAUAUUGUUUUAAUAGUAGAACAUGAAAGAAGUUUCCCCACAGAUUUCUUCUUAUCCCAACAACUUAACAUUCCGUUGUUGUAAAAGUACAAUGUUAAUUUUACAGACUUGUUUUAUAAGUCUGAGUUUUUUUGUUUUGUUUCUGGUGUGUGGGGGACAUUUUCCACUUACCCCUGGCCCACUCGUACAGAAUCUGUUUUGGGUGUGGACAGGGCAGUGGUAGGGGGGUUUUCUGUGUCACAGCCUGAUGAUUAGCUCAUUGGGCUAUAGCUAGGUCAGAGGCGGCCACAAACAACUGCUUCUUUUUAACUCAUAAAGUGGCGUUUUAUGCAUUUGAGCCUGUUCUGUUGAGUGUGAACAGACCUUUGAUGUUAGGAACUGACAGGAGAGCCAUGUCCUGGUACCAAUGGAAUCACUGCUAAUGAGCACUUAACGUAGCACCUGUGGGGGGGGGGGCUCUCCCAUUUCCUGGAUGGAGUCCCAUUCUGCUGCAGUCAUUGGAUGGAACUCCCUCGUCUGCUUUGAUUCGCUUGCACUGAGCAGCCGUGGUGGUCUCUGGCUGAGCAGGCGGACAUGAACUGAAGCCUCUCUUACUGGGAGGCGAAUAUUUUGUCCCCACAGUGGAGGAGGAGGUGUCACCUUUAACUUUCUGCACACCUCUCUGUACAGGAAGGCUUGUUUUUUGUUUGUUUUUUUUAACCCCAGUAUUUAUGAUAAUCUAUGAUAAUGAAAAUUGUGCAUAUCUGUGUACAGUAUGUGUUAAUAGUGUGCCUAAAUGUACUGUCAACUCUAUUUUCAUAUUUUUCUUUAACCUAAAAAAAAUCAAUCAGAAUGUCAUGAUCAUUUUACGCGACUGAAAAUGACUUUAGGGUGUUUUUUUUUUUUUUUUUUGCAUCAUGCUUAUCAAACUCUUCCUUGUGAGCAGUUGUGCUCAGAUCAGUAUAACACUAAUAAAAGGUAACUCAGACUAACUGA